AGUAAUAAUAAUAACCAAAUGAAAUAAAAUAUUUAUCAAUUGUUGAAUAUUAAUUUAAAAGAAGUCCAUUAUUGCGAUUAUGUGUGAUUAAACAUCUAUAUCAGAUUUGAGAUUCAGCUAUAAAAAAGUGUUGUUUAGUCGUAAAUUGUCAGUUUUGCGUAUUAUGUGAAAAUAAAUGAUUUUAAUAUUUGUCUUUGCGUGUAAUAACAAGCCGGGGGCGCGAUGUUGACAAAUUAUUUAUUAUGUUUAUUAUACCUAUGGACAGGCUUUGUAGACAAUGUGAAAAGUCAAGAAGGUUUGGGAAUUUUGAUUAAAUCUUCCAGUGGUCUUGAUUUGUUGAGUGGAUGCGUUUUAUUAGAAAAACAAUGUUCACACCUAACCGACAAUCUCGCUAUACUAUCGUGCUCACUGAAUGCAACCCGUAACAACAAGACACAAAUGCCAUUUACAUGCCAACAUAAGAUAUGGCUACGACAAGUGGAAUUACUCGAUAAUGCAUUCCUUGAGGACAAAUUAAAGGAGCUGUGUCACGAUGAUCCAGUCAUAUCCGAUUGCCUGAACCCUAGUCAGUAUGGUAUAGACUGCAUUUUGAAAAAGAAACCCAGUAUAAGGAAUAAGAAUUGUUGGAGAAUGAUUAAUAAAAUUGAAUCUUUGAUUUUUAAUGAUUGGCAAAUUACAGUUAAUUUUCUGAAAAAUUGUUAUGAUGACAUCCAAACUCAGACAUGUGGUAGAAUUCCACCUGACCCAAAAAGCUUGUCUCAAACUCAGACAUUGAAGUGCCUGCUAACUAAAGAGCAGACCUUGAAACCAGAAUGUCAGUCCGAAAUGACAGUACUGAAUGAAAUGAAAUAUAACACUUUGCAGCUAGACAAACUUGUGUUUGCUGCAUGCAAUUUGGAUCAAAAAACCUUUUGCUCAGAUGAAGUACCAGGUUCAUGGUUGAUGUACAAAUGUCUUGUAAGCCAUAAAAAUGAAAUAGGAAUGACAAGAAGAUGUCAGGAUCAAUUAUUCUAUGACCAAAGAAAUGUAGUAAUGAAUUACAGGAUGAGCAAAGGUUUAGUGAAGGCUUGCAGGGAAGACAUUAGAAAAUAUCAUUGCAGAAAAGGUGUUGUAGAAGACAAAGAUGUCAGACUUGCACAAAUUUUGUUUUGCUUAGAAAAUAUUACUAGAAAUGAUAAUAGCACAAAACUUUCCAAUGAAUGUGUUGCUGAAAUGAAUGAUCAUAGAAAAAUGCUUAUGGAUGAUUAUAGACUAUCGCCAGAAUUGAUGCAAAAUUGUGCAAAUGAUAUAACAAAUCUAUGUAGAGGAGUUGAAACUGGUGGCAAAACUAUACACUGUCUGAUGGAUCAUGCUAGACCUAGAAGGAGAAAGGAAAAAAGAAUAAGUGUUGCUUGUCAGAAAUCUUUAGAAGUUUUGGUGCAAGAGGCUGAUCCUGGGGAAGAUUGGAGGGUUGAUCCAAUUUUACGUAAGGCUUGUAAAGCUGUGGUUGAUAGAGCAUGUACAGAAAUAAAUGGGGGCAAUGGAAGGGUCAUGUCUUGUUUAAUGGAGAAGCUUGGCACUGAACUCAUGUCCAAUGAUUGUGAAACCGCUUUGCUACAGAUACAAUACUUCAUCUCCAGAGACUUUAAACUUGAUCCUCAGUUGUACAAAGCUUGUAAGUAUGAUGCUGUUACCCAAUGUAAAGCAAAGCUUCAUUGGGCUGAGACAAGUGAAUAUAAAUCUGAAAAUGACCCUUUAAUACUACCCUGUUUAUACAACUAUGCUUACAAUUCAGAGUUAAGGGGCAUCUUAAAGCCAGCAUGUGAACAACAAGUAAGAAGAGUAAUGAGACAAAGAGCUGUUAGUGUAGACUUAUUACCUGAAGUAGAAGACUCUUGUAUUGAUGAUUUAGCAAAUUUAUGUUUUGAAGAUACUGGCAAAGGAGAAGAAAUACUUUGUUUACAGAAGAAGAUUAAAGAAUUGUCACCUAAAUGUAAAGAAGUUGUUACAAAUUUCACUGAAACACAGAGUGGACACAUAGAGUUAAAUGCAGUUGUCAACAUUAACUGUAGAGUCCCUAUUGAAAGGCUGUGUUCAUCUGAGCUAAAAAGUAAAAAAGAUGAGGAUGAUAUCAUGGAAUGUUUAAUCUCUCAUAAGAAUGAUGCAGAAAUUAAAGCCAAUGUAAAAUGUCGUGCUGCUAUUGAACAUGAACAAUUAAUUGCAUUAAAAAAUUAUAGGUUUACAAGGAAGUUUAAAAAUGCUUGUAAAUCCUAUGUUAUCCGAUUCUGUCCUAAAGCACAAACUAAAAGCCAAGUUGUAAAUUGUUUGAGUGAAAUUGUAAGAAACGACACUAUAACUAGAAGAAAACACACUAUUUAUAGAGAUUGUCGUCAACAAUUAAGAAGUCAACUAUUUCAACAGAAGGAGAACAUAGAUUUGGAUCCUGAAUUAAAAGAGUCCUGUAAAAAAGAUUUACAAAUACACUGUGGAACUGUUGAGCAUGGUGAAUCUGCUGCAUUGGAAUGUCUUCAAACUGCUAGAGGAAAGUUAUCUGAUGGGUGCAGGAAAGCUAUAUUUUUAGUAAGAAAACAGGAAUUCGCUGACAAUGCUAUUGAUUAUCAUUUAGUAACAAGUUGUAAUGAUAUGAUUGAUCUGUAUUGCCACAAUACUCAGCUAGCCAAAAUACUAGAAUGUUUAAAGAUACAUAGACGAAAGCCAGAUUUUGACGAAACUUGCAAAAUGGUUAUUGUAAACAGACUGAUUGAGCAGAAUUUGGACUAUCGUUUUAAUAACAAUUUACAAAAUGCAUGUAAAGAUGAUAUAAAAAGAUUUUGCUCAGAAGUUAUUGCAUUAGAACCCCAAGAUGUUGAAUUAGAAGGAAAAGUAUUAUAUUGCUUAAAAGAAAAGUUCCGAAAAUCACAACUUACGACAUCCUGUAAGGAUGAACUAGCUAAUGUAUUGAAAGAACAGGCAUUGAAUUAUCGUCUCGAUCCUUUAUUAGGGCAAUUGUGUCAGGCAGAGAUUAAAACUAUUUGUGCACAUGAUGCUAAUACAAACUCUGAUGGCCAGGUAGAAGAAUGUCUGAAGAAUGCACUACUGCAUCAUAAAAUAGUAACACCAGAAUGUGCACGAGAAGUUGUACAGAUAAUAGAAGAAACGGAAGUUGAUAUUGAAGUUGAUCCACUUUUAGAGCGUGCUUGUACAUUCGACCUAUUGAAGUAUUGCAAAGAUCUCGAACAUGGCGCUGGAAGACGUUUGAAAUGUUUAAAAAUAAUACUCAAUGAUAGUAAUAGAAAAUUAGAAACGGAAUGUGAGAAGGAGCUUUCCAGUAGAUUGGAAAUGUAUAAAUAUGUUGCUUCUAUAAAUGUAUUAGAAGAUUUUGGGGAUGUAUUAAAUGAACUAUCAUAUUCACCAUCUAAGAAAUAUUUUAUAGUGGUAUUCUGUUCCAUUUUAGGAUUAAUUUUUAUAUUUGGCUUAUAUUGUGGACGUAUGACUAAGAAAGCUAUGUAUGUUAAAAAGAAAUAGAUAAUCAAUGUUAAUAUCAAUUAAAAAUCAAUAUACACAUAGAAUUUUUUACA